AUGGCCUGCACUGGAUUGUGCUCCACUCUCACCCAGGUCAUUCCCUGGGGACAGCUUCCUAAGAACAUAACCAUGGUCACUGAAUUCCUCUUGCUGGGCUUUUCCAACCUCCAAGAAAUGCAGCUUUUGCUCUUUGUUAUCUUCCUUUUCCUCUAUCUUGUCAUUCUGAUUGGGAACAUCACCAUUGUCACUGUCAUCAUCCUGGAACAUAGCCUCCAUACCCCCAUGUACUUCUUCCUAGGUGCUCUCUCUGUGUCUGAGACCUGCUAUACCUUUGUUAUCCUGCCAAAGAUGCUCACCAAUCUUCUGUCUUUGCUCAGAACCAUUUCCUUUACUAGCUGUGCUGUUCAGAUGUCCUUCUUCCUUGGCUUUGCAGCCACAAACUGCCUGUUGUUGGUUGUAAUGGGUUAUGAUCGUUAUGCUGCCAUCUGCCACCCUCUACGCUACCCCAUCCUCAUGAACUGGCAGACAUGCAGAGUACUAGUAACCACUUGUGGGGUGACUGGCUUUUUCAUCUCAAUAUUAGUCACAGCCUUGGUCUUCAGUUUGCCCUUAUGUAACUCUAAUAAGAUCAACCACUAUUUUUGUGACAUUUCACCUGUUAUUCACCUUGCCUGUGGUGUCACUUAUGUCAAUGAGCUAUUCAUACUUAUCUGUAGUGUCUUUGUGCUCAUGGUCCCAUUAAUUUUCAUCUGCAUUUCCUAUGGCUUCAUUGUCAGCACCAUCUUGAAGAUUCCAUCAGCUGAGGGGAAACGGAAGGCUUUUUCUACCUGCAUCUCCCACCUAACAGUGGUUGUAGUUCACUAUGGCUGUGCAUCCUUUGUUUACGUGAGACCCUCAUCCCGGGUGACAUCAGUAAAAGACCAGUUGAUAACAGUUACUUAUACCAUUAUUACCCCCUUGCUGAAUCCCAUGGUUUACAGUCUCAGGAAUAGAGCUGUCCAGGUAGCUAUUCAGAAAGUGAUCAGCUGGGGAGAACCUCAGCCUCUUCGCUUGGGGAGGGAGGGUGGGGAUGAGACCAUCAGAGGAGGCGACACAUUGUUUCCACUGAGGACAAGGAAUCAGAUGACUGUUGGGAAAUCCCGGCUGUGCGUGCCUGGAAUCCAAAACCCAGAGCCAGGCUCAUUCUCCAAGAUUCUUUCACCUUCGGGGGAGUGGCAAGAGAAGGAUAGGGAGCUGGGGAGCAGCUGCUGCCUGGAUGAAGAUGCCUUUGCCUCCCUCCCCCCUCCAAGCCCUCCUGGACUGCCCCCUCCUCACUCUCCACAACCACUCCCCCUCCCUGGAAUGUUCCCUGGGCCCCUCCCCAAUCUUUCCUCACCCAAGGCUAAGACCAGUUGUGUCUCCUGGUCACCACCACAUGGCUGGCAGCCUGGGCUUACCCAAUAG